AUGGCAAUUCAACAGUCCAGCGGAGGGAUCGAUCGCAGCGUGUACAAUGCUGCAAUAUGUCCUGGAACAGUAAUCAAAAGUUCCCAACUUGAAGCAGCUCUCAACAGUAGUACGCCUGGAAGGGGAAAUACUCUUCUCCAUUUGGCUGCUAGUGUAGGAAAUCUACCUUUCAUUCAACAGCUCUUGCAAUUUAAUCGUGAACUUGUGAAGGCUACAAAUGCCCAAGGAAAUAUUGCGUUGCAUUUGGCUGCUAAGGGAGGUUUCUCCAAAGUUGUAGAGAUUCUACUCGAAUCAAAAGAAAGUGGUGUGGAUGUCUGCAACAAGCUUGGAUAA